AUGUCGUCUUUCUCCAAAGUUGCUGCAGUUUUGUGUACUUUGACUUUUCAGUUGCCCAAAAUAUUCGCGGCUCGUCAAUCUUACGAUGUGAGGAAGAUUAUCGACGCUUUUCGUCACCCGCACGAUGACCUCACCAUCCUCUGCGCCCAUAGAGGCUUGAAAUGGAACGGGACUACCGAAAACUCUCGGGAUGCUUAUUUCCGAGCCACCGAAGCCGGGUUGGAAUGCAUUGAGACGGAUAUUCACCUCUCACUAGAUGGCCACCUGCCCAUGAUCCACGAUGGCGGGCUUGGCCGUACAACAGACGUUGGUGAGCAGACGGGACAACCAGCAUACAACCCAUUCACUGGUCAGGGGUAUAACCCGCUUGUCAGCGAGCACAACUUCACGGGCUUCAUCGAGAACCUUCACCUCCGAGACGAGCAGGGUAGAGUCCACGUGGAGACAGUUCCUACGCUGCCUGAGAUGGUUCACAGCAUCUACGAAACUGGAGCCAACGUCGUGCUGCAGCUUGACUUCAAGGAGCAAGCUGCAGUUGAGCCGGCGUAUUGGGCUUUGAAGAAUCUCACAAACCGCGCUGGGGUACCUGCGAACGAUUGGUGCAUCUACAAGUUGCAAGCAAAGUGGUGGAAGAACCCUGCGGAAUUUGAGGCGUUGGAAUGGGUUCAGGAUGCGUUUGCUUCUGGCAUUCAGCUUGCUUACAUCCCCGUCUACAACCCUGAAGAUGAAGCCUCAUGGGAUACUCUUACCUCACUUAAGGAGUUUGCCUCAACGAAUUACACCAUCAGCGCCGAGAUUGAGGUGUAUUCAACCGGUGCUCCUUUGCAGCCCCUCCAGGACUAUAUUGUCCAUAAUGGAACUGAACAAGAUACCUUCAGAACAUCUGGAAUUUUUUACGCCGCUGGAGACCUGGUUGAUUUCAUCACCUCAGACCUUACGCGGUUCGACACAGCGAAUUAUACUAUCCCAGACGACAUUCACACCAACAACUCGGUGUUUGUCUUCCAGGAGAACAAGGCCCCAGCACUUCUCGACUCACUUGUGGGAAAUAAGUCGCUCGAUGGACAUGACUACCGAUCCGACUUUGACUGGAUUAUCAAGCAAGGCUUCCAGUGGGUUAUUACUGACAUUGCCGAUGUCUGGGAUGCCGAACUGCGCGCUCAGGGAAAGCGCAACACAAGCUACUUAUUGAAUGGCAAUAAAAACGAUAGGGCGAACGAGACGGCAUCGGACGAUCCCAUUAUUGCGCCAACAAAUGCGUUCAAUCCAACGGAACUCAACCGCCCACAAGUACCCGGCGUGUUUGAGAACGUCGUCGCUGCCGAUGAUAUCCAAGAUUUCGGGUGGGCAGCUGAGUUGAAUGAUAACACUCCUUGGACUGGUGAUGCCUUCUCUAGCUACACGAACAUUCCUUCGGCAGCACCGAACAUCAAUAUCAAUCCAGAUCUUGUGACCGAUCUCAUCGCCGACAUCAACACCGAAAUAUCCAGGAGGGCAAAUUUUGAGCCCUCCAUGCUUGUGGACAACAGCCUCCUGCUCCGACCGCGGAAAUGGCGAAGCGCAGAGUCUUCUAUGACAUCCAGAAUGAUGCGAGGAGACAUUCUAACAUAUCCCGAAAUGCUGAUCAACGGCCUCAAUCUGCCCCCCUUCAUCAGUCCGCCAUGCUGCGGCGACGAACGGCAGUGCCAAGAGUCCGGGUCUCACCAAUGCCUCCCGCAACCUUUGGUAGCAUGCGCAAGCAUCAUUCGAAUGUGGCAAGCAAACAGCCCCGACAACAAGGCAUUCAUAUGGAGGACCAUCUACAUGGAGCAACAGAAGCUCCUUCACGAACAUGAGUCUUACGAAAAGGAGACUCUGAUAGCUGCUGUCCAGGCUGCUGUUUUAUACACCAUACUCCACAUCGAAGAAGUCGCGUCGAUUCCAAAACAUUAUGUUAGAUCUCUUCUCAUCACCGUGGGUACCAUGACGUUCUCGAUGAUGAACGUCCGAGAUAUGGAUUAUUGUCACCAAACCGACGAAGUUCCUACUCGGCAUGAGUGGAUAUGCAACCAAAGCAUGUGGAGAGUGACAUCCUUCUGCUAUGCACUGAAUGAACUUCUCCAUAUUGCAAAAAUCCCUUCUUCUGGUAAUGGUGGCGGGCCAUGCCGAAGAGUACACCUCCCCAGCACCCGCAGCCUUUGGACAGCCAAGUCGAAUCUUGAGUGGCAGCGGCAGUACGCGAAGCAGCUUUCUAAACGACAACUCCGAGACUGUUACAGGAUUGCGCACCUUCGGGAGUAUGCCAAGUAUUCAGGAGACUCCUCAGCAGUAAAGAGCUGGGCGACCGACCUUGAUGAUUGGUGCCUGGAUCACGAUGAGUUGGGCACGCUUAUCUGGAUGGCUACAAAGCUGGACCCCGUGUAA